CAGACGCACCAAGCUCUGUAUUUGCAUACUGAUGAGCACUGAGGUGAUUUUCCCUUUAGAGGACGUUAGGAGCUUUGCUCUUGGCUCCUGUACAAUUGUUCCUGAAGGCGAGCACGCUCUGAGCUACGAGAUUCUGUCCGUGGUGCUGAUCUGUUGCUGACUGCCGCUGCAGCAUAUCGAAGCGCAGCCGCGUCUCCUGCACACUACGUGCCCACAUAAUGUUUCUUCUGUAGGCUACAUUGCGUCAGGGAGAGUGGGGCGGGUGUAGCUCCACGACUUUGUGUGGCAGCGGCAGUCACAACGUUUCGGGACUGCUGCGCCCACCGCAAAAAAAUGCGAGACACUUUAGAGAAGCACGUGUAGUGGGUGGUCCUCAGCACACUGCUUUCACGUGGCUCUAGCGAGCUCCGAGCCCGGCCGUCAGUCCAGUGGCAACAGCAGGAGACAACAUCAGCAUGGCUGUGGAGAUGGAGCCUGCGGAUGUGAUCCGCCUGAUAAUGCAGUACCUCAAGGAGAACAACCUCUACAGAACACUGACCACCUUACAGGAGGAAACCACCGUCUCGCUCAACACAGUGGAAAGCAUCGACAGCUUCAUUGCAGAUAUAAAGAGCGGCCACUGGGACUCCGUCCUGCUGGCCAUCAAGUCCCUCAAGUUGCCCGACAACACACUUAUUGACCUUUAUGAGCAGGUUGUAAUGGAGCUCAUUGAAAUGAGGGAGGUGGGAGCAGCACGCUCACUCCUCAGACAAACUGACCCGAUGAUCAUGUUGAAGCAGACGCAGCCAGAGAGGUACAUCCAUUUGGAGAACCUGCUAACAUGCUCCUACUUUGACCCUCGUGAGGCGUACCUGAAAGGUAGCAGCAAGGAGAAGCGGCGCAGGGCCAUAGCCGAGGCGCUGGUGAGGGAGGUCAGCGUGGUGCCCCCUUCUCGCCUCAUGGGGCUCCUGGGACAAGUUGGCUCUAUGAGAAUACAGCAGUAUGCAGGUCACGUCUUCCCUGACACGACCAUCGAAACAUCUGGCAACAAGGACAAACAUGUGGAGAAGGAGAGCUUUCCAACACAGCUGUACCGCCACAUCAAGUUUGGGCGGCGGUCUCAUGUGGAGUGUGCCCGUUUCUCUCCUGAUGGCAAGUACUUAAUCACUGGAUCGGUGGACGGGUUCAUCGAGGUCUGGAACUUUAACACUGGAAAAAUUAGUAAGGAUUUAAAGUACCAGGCCCAAGAGAGCUUCAUGAUGAUGGAUGAUGCUGUGUUGUGUAUGUGCUUCAGUCAGGACACAGAUCUACUGGCAACUGGAGCUCAGAAUGGCAAAAUAAAGGUGUGGAAUAUCCAGAGUGGCUUGUGCCUGUGGAGGUUCGAUCAUGCCCACAACAAAGGUGUGACUUGUCUAAGCUUCUCCAAGGACAACAACCAGAUCCUCAGUGCCUCCUUUAACAAGACCAUCAGAAUCCAUGAAUUGAGGUCAGGCAAGUUGCUAAAGGAGUUAAACGGCCAUUCAUCGUUUGUAAAUGAUGCAUCUUUCACUCAAGAUGGAUCUCACAUCAUCAGUGCCUCCUCUGAUGGCACAGUUAAGAUUUGGAAUACAAAAUCCUGCGAGUGCAUCCACACUUUCAAAUCUCUGUCCCGGACACCAGAAGUCCCUGUCAACAACGUGAUUCCUCUACCCCAAAAUCCAGAGCACUUUGUGAUUUGCAACCACUCCAACACAGUGGUCAUCAUGAGCAUGCACGGUCAGACUGUGAAGACCUUCAGCUCAGACAGAAAGGAAAAGGCCGACUUUGUGUGCUGCACCCUGUCACCCCACGGGGAGUGGAUUUACUGUGUGGGAGAGGACUUGGUGCUGUACUGCUUCAACUAUACGACAGGAAGGCUGCAGAAAACGCUGACCGUACACGAGAAAGAUGUAAUUGGCAUUGCUCACCACCCACAUGAGAAUCUGAUUGCCACAUACAGCGAGGAUGGCCUCCUAAGGUUAUGGAAACCUUGAAUUGUCUCCUGCAUCGUGAAAUGGAAGACCCAGAGAACCUUACAAGUGGUUAGAAAGCAAUUUAUUCAUUUCUAUGUAAUAAAAAAAGAUGGAUUAAUAAAACAAAUGGAUACAUUAAUCCAUCAGUAAUUAUUCACUAUAAGGUCCAUUUAGUAUCUGGUCUGGAGCUUUAGGUCAUGAUCUUUAUCAGCAGAUGAUUUUUCCCAGUUGUCAUGGGAAGUUCAGGUUACAGCCAAUGAGAGUGUUUGUUACGUCUGAUGGUAGAUUAGAAAGAUUUUGCUACAUAGUGGGGAAGUGGAAAAUUAAUAAAGUUGGCAAAUG